CCUAUCUUUCCCUUGAUAAGGCGCACCAGAAAAUGCUUUGCUACCACUCAUACGUAUGAGCUAAAAGAAUCACUGACUCCAAAGAAAUGAAGACACUAGUUCUGCAAUCUCAGUUCCUUCUUUCGAGGAACACCAACCUCUCCAACCCAAGAUCCAAUGCCGCCACUGUCAUCCCCUCAAGAAUCGUGACAUCAUGCAGUCAGCACCACCCUCCACCACCUCCUCCUUCUUCAUCAGCAUCAGCAUCUUCCAGAUGCAAUUCCAUCGCAAGACCCACGAGAGCCAUCCAGAAGUCCCAUAAUCAGCACUCUCAUCAUGUUUCAACAGAUGGGGGUUCGAGAAAGGUGGUUUUAGGUGCUGUUUCACUUGGGAUUGCGCUGCUCCUUAUGGGAUUUGAAGACCACCACAACAAGGCUUUGGCCUUUGGCCCUGAAGGGCCACUGGCAGAGGAGUUCUGGGAAAAUGUCAGGAGAUAUGCACUGUAUGCCCUCACAGUGAGUACAGGCGCUAUUUACACUAUAUUGCAGCCCAUCUUGGAGCUGCUCAAGAACCCGAUUUCCGCGGUUCUGAUCCUGUUGAUCUUAGGAGGUAGCACCUUCAUUGUGUACCAGGUGGUGGCUACCAUGGUUGGGGUCAAUGAAUUCGCUUAUGAUUAUGCGUAUUAAUUAAUCCAAAGUCUCAAUUUUUUCCUGAAGAUAGAUUUCCCAUAUGUCUUUUCAUGUUUCUCUCUGCUUUUAUGUCUUUAACACAUGAAGCAUAGUUUUUGGAAUAGCAGAAUAUUAGCAAGUCUUGCUCACAAUAUAUAAUGAUCUUCAUUACUGGUUGGUUUUGCUUA